AUAGAAAAGAUGGUUUGAGUGAGAUAGCUAAUUACAAGUGUGUCCCUGUGAUGGGCAGAUAUAAGAGCAAAUAGUGUUUAUGGUGCAGCCAUUGCCAAUCUCAAACUGAACAGAGUGAGAUCUCUUCGCUUCUUCAUCAGAUCUAAGGGAUAUGGAAAACGUUCCAUUUGCUGUUGCGUCUAAUCUCAUUCACAGAUGGAAGAUCAAAGACCUGGUUCUGAGGCUAUUUAUGCAUGGUUCUUUAUGAUGAGAAAAGAGAAGAAAUCUGAAGUUAUUAUUUUAGGAUUCCUAGUCUCCUUUAGUUUUCUUUGGUUGGCUUCCGCAGAUUUUCUUGAAUUUGGAAAGCAUUAUGAUGUGACGGAAGAGUUGGAAGAUCUUAAGAACACUAUUGAAUCCAUCAAUGCUAAGCUCCUUGAUGCCGACGAUAAACAAGAUCAUGAUGAUGGUGUGCGAGUUUGGAUCAGAAGGUUCAAAAAAGUACUCCAUGCUGCAGAUGACUCCUUAGAUGAGCUUGCUAUCCAAUUCAGGAGAGACAAAUUGGGUGCAGCAGAAGGAAAAGAAGUAGACAAGGUACUUCUUUCCAUUUCAUCUUCAAAUCAACUUCCUUUAUACACUGAAAUGCCUGACAAAAUUAAAGAAAUACGAGAAAGUUUUAAUGUAGUAGUAGAAGACAUGGAUAAAUUGAAUUUAAGCCCAGGUUCUCUGGUUAAGCAAACUAGCAGUGAAUGGAGGGAAACAUGUUCUUUUGUGCUAGAAUCUGAUAUCAUUGGAAGAGAUGAUAGUAAAAAGGAGAUUAUUACUCUGUUGAGACAACCUCAUGAAAACCGAAAAGUUUCUGUGAUUGCUAUUGUUGGCCUCGGUGGCUUGGGGAAGACAACGCUUGCUCAGUUGGUGUAUAAUGACUUGGAAGUGCAGAAUUUUUUUGACAAGAAAAUGUGGGUGUGUGUCUCUGAUAACUUUGAUGUGAAAACUAUUCUGAAGAAAAUAUUAGAAUCAGUUACUCGUCGCCCGACAGCAGAUGGGUUGUCAUUAGACUACUUGCAAGAAGAACUUCGUGAAAAUUUAAGUGGUAAGAAAUAUUUGUUGGUCCUGGAUGACAUUUGGAAUGAGAGACGCGACAAAUGGAUUGAACUGAGAAAGUACUUGAUGUGUGGCGCUAAAGAUAGUAAGAUUUUAGUGACAACUCGAAGUGAAAAUGUAGCUGAGGCAAUGACAGCUAGCACUUCCUAUCCUUUGAAAGGUUUUGCUGAUGAGGCAUCUUGGAGUUUGUUGAAGAACAUUGCAUUUGAGGAUGAUUUCAAAGGAGUGAAUCAAAAUCUAGAAUCAAUGGGGAAAGAAAUAGCCAAAAAAUGUAAAGGCGUUCCACUGGCAGUUAAAACCCUGGGAGGCCUGUUACGAAGACAAAACGAAGAAAGUGAGUGGGAGAAUGUUUUACAUGGCGACUUCUGGAAAUUAUGUGAAGAGCAAGAUAGUAUCAUGCCAAUUCUAAAACUCAGUUACCGUAACUUAUUGCCAGAAAUGAGACAAUGUUUUGCUUACUGCUCUUUAUACCCCAAGGAUUCAAAAAUACCAAAAGAUGAGUUGAUUCAGUUAUGGAUGGCACAGGGUUACCUUAAAUGUUCAACUGAGAAACAGCAGAUGGAGGAUCUCGGUAAUCAAAUUGUAAAGAUAUUUUUGAUGAACUCAUUUUUUCAAGAUGCGGACAGUGAAUACGGUGAGAUCAUUAGCUUCAAAAUGCACGAUUUAAUGCAUGAUCUGUCAAUGCUAGUAGCUGGCGAUGAUUAUUGUUACUUGGAUGGUAAGGCAGAAAAAGUUAAAGGUAGACUCAUGCACGUAUCAUUGGAAUCUGGUCAGGCCAUUAAUUUGUUGAAAUCAUUAGAUCCGAGCAGACUGCGAACUUUGAUUUUGCCGGAUGACUUGGAAGAGGAGGAAGAUUUGUCGGUUAUUUCAAAGUUCAAAUACUUACGUGUCUUGAGGAUGUCAUCUUUUUCCUACAGAUUGUUUGAUUCACUUGGAAAAUUGAAGCAUUUAAGAUAUCUUGACUUCCAUUAUCAUUACUCCUUGAGUGGGAUGCCAGUUGGGUUGGGAAAGUUGUGCUGGUUGCAAUUCUUAUCAAUCUUUGCUGUGGGAGACAGCCAAGAAACAAAAUGUGGCACAUUAAAUGAAUUGAAAGACUUAAACCUGAGAGGAAAAUUAACAAUUCAGGAUCUCGUUCGUGUCAGAGACGUGGCUCUGGAAUCACAUGAUGUAAAUUUAAAAGAAAAAAGGUUCCUUCAAUCCUUGGUUUUGGUUUGGUCGCAUGAAGACAGCCGUAACAGUGACAGUUUAAAAUUAUUAGAAAACCUUGAGCCCCACCGUAAUCUUAAGCGAUUGGUGGUGUGUGGUUAUCCAGGCAUGCGUUUCCCAGAUUGGCUUUCUCUUCUCACAAAUGUUGUUGAAAUUAGUCUCUUUUAUCUUCGUAAUUGUGGCUUUCUCCCACCGUUGGAACGUCUCCCGUCCCUGAAGUCACUUCAGAUGGACUCUCUUGAUGAAUUGGAAUACAUAUAUCUCUACGAAGAUGGUUUUGCAAUAACCUUCUUCCCCUCUUUGGAGAGCCUCAUGUUAGAAGAUUGUCCCAAGUUCAGGGGAUGGCGGAGGCGGGGAGAUGAUAUCAAUGAUUCACAUAAUCUCUCUUCAUCUCUUUCAUUUCCUCAACUUUCUCAUCUGCAACUCUAUCUCUGUCCACAGUUGACUUGCAUGCCUACUUUUCCAAACGUUAAGAAAUUAGAAUGGUGCGGUAGCAGUGCGGAGCCAUUAACAGCAACGCUAAACUCAACAUGUUCAGCUGACUCAUCUUCCUCCUCUGCUCCUCUUUCCAUGCUCAGAGAGUUAGAGUUGAUGAUUUCUGAUCCUAUGAAUUUACCAAAGGGUUGGAUGCAAAAUCUGACUUCUCUCGAGUCUCUUCAAAUUAUACGGUGUGAAAGUGAAACACUUGAGGAAUUUGAAACUGGGUUUAAGGACGGCACCAACUGCCUUCCUUCUCUGCGAAAAAUCACAGUAGAUGAGUGUGGAAGGCUGAAGGCUUUGCCAAAUUGGAUUUGCAACCUCUCAUCGCUUCAGCACAUCAUGAUCUUCUAUUGCCCAAAAUUGGCAUCGUUGCCCGAAGGAAUGAGUGGUCUUACCAACUUAAAGAUCUUUGAGGUCAGGGGAUGUUCCCUCUUAAUUAAAGAAUGCCGAACAGAGACAAGUGUUGUUAGUCGCCAAAUCGCACACAUUCCACAGAUAAUCCUUGAUUAGUGAUGAUAAAGAUACUGAUCUGAUUCUUAUGCGUAUUUAUUUAGUGUAAACGUUGUAUUGUAUUUGCUUUGCUAUUAAAAUACUUUGAGUUAGUGUUCAUUCUUUCAAACAUAAAUACAAAUUAUCCUAAUCAUAUUAAUUUU